AAAAUAUUGAAAAUAGCAAAACAAAAUUGUAAUGGCUGACGAAAAUAAAAUCUCAGCCAGUCAGAGUGUUAAAUCAUGUUGCAGAUUCCAUUGGAGGGGCAAGGUGACCGUUAUAGUGCCCUUGGUCACGCUGCCCAUCCUUGUUAUUGGCUAUAUUAAAAACGCUCCAGAGUUCAGGUGCUUGUAUCUGGUAGUGAAUAUGGCACUCUUCUGGGUGACUGAAUGUAUGCCUCUGUAUUUGACAUCAUUGCUUCCGAUAGUAUUUUUGCCAAUAUUCGGCAUAUUGGAUUCAAAUGCUGUAUGCCGACUGUUUUUUACUGACACUUUAAUCAUGUUUCUGGGCGGCCUCUUUGUAGCGCUGGCCGUUGAAUAUAGCAAUCUCCAUCAACGCAUUGCGCUGGGCACUAUCCUCGUGGUCGGCUGCAGUCCUCGGCGCUUACACUUUGGUCUUAGCAUGGUCACAUGUUUCAUAUCAUUUUGGAUAUCCAACUCUGCUGCUACGGCCAUGAUGUGUCCCAUUGUGAAGGCUAUUCUCAUGGAAAUGGAUGCUCAAAACUCAUUUCAAGUGUAUAUGACACAAGAGGAGGAGAGGAUGGAAGAGGGCGAUCCGCCGCAUCUUUCAAAGGUAUCGAUGGCAUUCUAUUUCGGUGUCGCAUAUUCUGCCACCAUUGGAGGCACUGGCACGCUCAUUGGCACCGGCACAAAUCUUACCUAUAAGGGUCUAUAUGAAACUCGUUUUCCCAAUAUCAAGGAGAAAGUGGACUUUCCGAAAUUCAUGAUGUACGCAAUGCCGUUUGUCUCAAUCGUAAAUGUAUUACUUGUGUUUUUAACGCUGCAAGUAACGCACAUGGGUCUGUGGCGACCGAAGAGUGAUGUGGCUAAGCAAGUGAAACGUGGCUCAAUAAGUAAGUCUGCCACUAAGUUGGUGCUCCAGGAACGUUACUCUGCAUUGGGUCGCUGGACUUGCCAUGAAAUACAAGUAGGCAUCAUCUUCGUAAUGAUGAUUCUGCUGCUCUUCUUUCAAAGGCCAGGCUUCAUGAAAGGCUGGGCGGAUGUGCUGAACACUAAACAUAUAGGUGGCGCAUCACCGGUGCUUAUAACAGUUAUUGUGCUGUUCGCCCUGCCCACACAGUACACUUUCUUCAGGUACUGCUGUAAAGGACCUCCUUUCACUGGACGCAGCAUGGACGCCUGCAUAUCCUGGAUCUUCCUUCACAAUAAUACGCCUUGGGGCCUGUGUUUUUUGCUUGGGGGCGGCUUUGCGCUUGCCGAGGGCAGUAAGGUCAGCGGAAUGGCCAAAAUGCUGGGCGACUCCUUGGCCUUCAUCACUGUAAUGCCAAAUUCUUUAAUUAUAGCUUUUAUUGUCGUGGUUAGCCUCUUCUGCACGUGCUUCAGUGCGAAUGUGGCCAUUUGCAACAUACUCAUUCCCAUAUUCAGCGAAAUGGCCGUCACGGUCAAGGUUCAUCCGUUGACGCUAACCUUACCAGCCGCUCUGGCCAUCAGCAUGUCCUAUCAUCUGCCGGUUAGCACACCCCCAAAUGCCAUCAUUUGUGGCUAUGCCUACAUUAAGACCAAAUAUUUGGCAGUUGCUGGCAUACUGCCAACCCUAUGGGCAUUCAUUAUAAUCCUCCUCAAUAGCAUAUCCUGGGCUCAUAUCAUCUAUCCGACCAUUAAAAAAUUUCCGGCCAAAGAAUUCUUAGAGAAGUAAUGAUAAUUUAUCCCA